AUGCUAUACCAGGGUCUCCUCCUUAUUGGGCUUCUUUCUGGUUCCGUCUUUGCUGGCCCCAAGAACAUUAAACGAUCGAACCCUGAAAAUGGCCAGCCAAUCAAUCCUGAAAAUGGCAGGGGAGCACCGUUGCUAGGUGGUACCAACAGGCCUGUCGACCUUCAGAAUCCUGACCAACUUCGCACCCCAACCACUGACAAUGGUUUCGUGCCGAACGUCAAGUGGAGUUUCUCCCAAUCGCAGACCAGGCUUUUCCCUGGCGGUUGGUCUCGAGAGCAGGUGAUUCAGGAUCUUCCACAGAGCCAUGAUAUCGCGGGAGCACAACAACAUCUUAAGAAAGGCGCUAUUCGUGAGCUUCACUGGCACAGAACAGCAGAAUGGGGCUUUUUAUAUAACGGAUCUCUUCUCCUUACCGGGGUUGAUGAGAAUGGUGGAUUCACAACCGAGAAGCUUGAAACGGGUGACAUCUGGUACUUUCCCAAAGGUGUUGCCCACAACGUCCAAGGACUAGAUGACGAGAAUGAAUACUUGCUUGCGUUCGAUGAUGGUGAUUUCGAGAAGAUUGGAACUACAUUCAUGGUUGACGAUUGGAUCGCCCACACACCAACGGAAGUUCUUGCUAAGAACUUUGGUGUUGAUCCUGCUGUUUUUAGCAAAGUCCCAUCGAAGUUUCCAUACAUUCUCAACGGCACCGUCAGCGCAGAUGUUAACAAGGCACCUGAAGGUACUCUAAAGGGCAAUAGUUCAUAUGUUUACCACACAUACCAGCAUCCCUCCGAGCCUGUCCCUGGCCAUGGCGGAACUUUUCGCAAGAUUGAUUCUACCAACUUCCCGAUUUCAAAAACUCUCGCUGCAGCUAUUGUUGAGCUUGAACCCAAAGGCCUCCGCGAGCUUCACUGGCAUCCUAACGCCGAGGAGUGGCUGUACUUUCACCAAGGGAAUGCCCGUGCCACUGUCUUCAUUGGCGACUCAAAAGCACGCACCUUCGACUUUACUGCCGGAGACACUGCUGUGUUCCCAGACAACAGCGGUCAUUACAUCGAGAACACGUCUGAGACAGAGAAACUCAUUUGGAUUGAGCUAUACAAAAGUGACCGCGUGGCUGAUAUCUCUUUGGCCCAGUGGCUUGCUUUGACGCCUGCAGAUACUGUGGCGAACGUAUUGAAAGUGGACAUAGAAGUCAUCAAACAGAUUAAAAAGGAGAAACAGCUUCUUGUCCAGGGCAAAUGA